UCUCUUUCUGAUUUACCCAAAGAAUUUCCCAAAGCAUCAAAGAGUAAGAAAUGAAUGAUGCAUAAAAUAUCACAAAGUGACACGUAAGGUAAAGCUAUCCUGUAGACACAAGGAUGAAUACAAAUGUAUUGAAUGACUAAAGGUAGGAUUUAUUUGACAGGCACUACUUAUUUUAAUCCGCGAAAUUUCGUCAUCACAAAUUUUUAUAACUAUACUCUCAGUUGGAUUAGUUUGACGAUGGAUGCAACAACAACGAUCGCACAUUUAGACGGCAACAUUUAUCCGCCUCUGAACCCAAAAUUUGUACAAGACACAACUUGAGAAAAGGGAAUUGCAACUUACGAAAUGUCGCCAAUGAGCUAUCAUAAAAUAAUUGAGGUAGUCAACGCGAUCCUAUUGGUGCAAAGCUGUGUUCAAGUUAAAUAGGAAUCAGAUGCAAAAACUAUCGUGGCGUUUUACAAUCAUACCCUCUUUUGAGAAAAACCUUUAGGAAUCAAAUUCAGUUGGGUGAAUACUCACAACGACACCUCUAAAAAUUCGUUCCGCACGCCUUGGAACAAAACGCCAUGACCUUCAAGAUCAGAUGACCUAUAUACUGUUUCUCCUUUACGUGAUUCCUGUUUCGAUUUCAUUGACUUACAGCCAUCAUGACGCUCCUUCCUUUCAGUUACAAAGAUUUGGUUAUUUAACCUGUUUACGUCUAUUUUUCGUAGGUAGCAAAAUCAAGAAAGUCAGGAACAUGUUGUCGUCGCUGUACAUUGGGUUUUCAGUGCUGUUUUCAGUGUUGGUGAUAUUCAACCUAGUUGGCAACACUUUAGUGAUCUUGGUAGUACUACGUAACAGGUCCAUGAAGACACCCACCAACUACCUCCUCGUAAACCUUGCAAGCGCCGACAUUGUGGUCGCCAUUUUUAUUGGUAUCCAAUUCAUAGUAACACCAACUUUUACCCACCCCCAAGGAACAUUAGGAUCCGUGCUCUGUAAGAUAGUAACAGGUGGUACACCAGGCUGGGUUGGUGCAGUCGCCUCAGUGUUUUCGCUGGUGGCCAUAUCAAUUGAACGUUACUGGGCUGUUCUGCAUCCCCACAGUCAGAAAAUUAAACUCACAAAGACAAAAAUAGUCCUACUCGCCCUUCUUUCCUGGAUGGCGUCUCUCACAUGGGCUAUACCAGGAUUUUUGGCUACCACAUACAUAAAAGAGUUUAAAGGGUGCGCACACAGCUUUUCCAAACCAGUCUAUGCUAAGCUCUACACUGUUGGGUGGUCUGUGGUGGCAGGUGUUAUUCCUAUCAGCAUCAUGACUGCUUUAUAUUCCAAGGUGGUUUACCGUCUUUGGUUUGUGAACGCCGCCGCAACGGAAAGUACCCAGCGUGCCCUACUGCGAUACAGAAAACGCGUCACCAAGAUGGUCAUAUUCGUGACAGUUGUGUAUGUGUUGUGUUGGGUCCCCGAGCUGUUAAUUUACUUUUUGGGUUUCACUGGUACAAUCACAUUACAGCCAUUUCACCAUGCUAUUGCGUCUGCUUUGAUUGUUUUCAACUCCAGUAUUAACCCAACCGUUUACAGUCUGCAGAGCAGUAAGUUUAGAAAGCAUCUGGGCGAAUUAAUUUGCUGCAAAGGAAGAAACAUGGUAACUCCUUUCAACAAUAGUGGCUUUACAAUUGAUGGCAAAACAGACGCCAUGGAAAUGGAACGCAACGUGCCUUCGACUGUCGAGUGACUAAGUGGGCGAGGGAGUGAGUCUGUGAGUAAAGGAGUGGGAAAGAAAGUGAGUGAGUGGAGAGGGGAGUAAGUGAGUGAGCGAAGGGGUGUGUGAGUAACCCUGUUUACGUUAAACCAUGAGAUACAACGUCUUCCAGUGAAAUAUUUUAAUCUGAGACGACUAUUAGCGAUUGUAGAUUGAAUGAAAACUCUUUGUACUUUUGAAUUUAUGAACCCUUAGUGAGAAAGAAUCACAGGGUACUAUACAUCCAAUCAAAGCUUAUCCUGAUAUAAGGUAAUUAUGGUUUUAUCACCUGAGUUGAUAAUGUAAAUUAACCACUGUAAAGAGUUUCCAAGCUGAUGUUCCGGCGUCAGCUCUUCGCUAUUCACUCAAACGAAGGGCUAACGCUCUAAGCGUCAGCUUUGAAACUAUUUACGGGGGCCAAUUUACAUUAGCAACUCAGUUAA